AUGGUGCUUUUAGUUACCACUCCCCCCAUUCUCUCCGCGUUCGAGACCGUGUCCUCCCAGAACCGCCAGGAGCUCGACCUGCCCGAGUCGCUCUCGCUGGCAGCUCCGAUUUCCCAUGAUCAAUUGAUUAGACUGGCGCGGUAUCGUCGGACUUCCUCUAUCGACGACGACGGCCAUGAUCGAUCGGGACUCACACCCACAAGUCUAGACGCCCUGCUUCGAGGGACAAAGGUGUACGUUCCUCCGCCGCCGCCGAAACCUGAGCCGUCCCCCGAAUACCUUGCGUCCAAAGCCCGUCUCAUCGCCGCCGCAGAAGCCGACGCGUAUAACCGACUGGUGACCAACCCAUCCGUAUCGCACAGCCAUGCGUCGCCCUUUUCCUCAUCCACCCCGAUCCUCGCCUCCAUGCACGAUACCAAAUCAUCCGGGGGCCCCGACUCUGAGUACCCCGAUCCGCUGACUCCGUCCCUCGUUCUGAACAUCUUUCUUUCCGUGUUGAUCACUGGGUUCGGGGUUUACUGGGCGUUGACGAGCUUCCCUACGCCGGAGCUGUUAACGACCGCAGUCUCGUCUAUCUGGCGGAGUGGAUUGGCAGGGAAGACACCUGGGGGUCGAGGAAAACCGGGGGGCGGAGCUGGGGUGUCGGAAGCCGUGCGCAUUCUAGUAUCAUUGCUGGUGGCCGUGGUGGUCGGUGUUGCGGAGGUGACUAUCUACGCGAUCUACCUACACAAAGUCGAUCAUGCACGAGCGCGUGAGAAGAAGUUGCGAGAGCGCAAGCAGGUCAUCGCCAGUGAAGUUGUCAGCAGCGGAGACGGUCCUCAAAAGGUUGAGACAGCGGUGGAUGGGGACCAAGUAGAGAUCUGGGGAAGGGGAGCGAACGGGGGACUGCGGAGGAGAGUUCGGGAGAAGUGGGAAGAACAGGAGAGGGAAAGCCCUGGUUCUACCACGUAG